GCGCGGCGCAGGCGCAGCAACGCGGCCGCGAGGCCGAGGGCGACCAAAGCAACCUCGGUGUCCACCUUCUCUGACAGUAUCCGCGCUGGGCAGCCGCCCCGCGGGCCGCGCGUCGUAAUGGGCUCGGGCUGGAGCAGCGAGGAGGAGCGGCAACCGCUGCUGGGACCCGGGCUCGGGCCUGCGCCGGGGGCUGCUUGGAGAAGCAGGGGGGAGGCGGCGGCGGCGGCGGCGGCGGUACUGCCCGCGGCAGCCCCGAGUCCCGGGAGGGUGUACGGGCGCCGCUGGCUGGUGCUGCUGCUCUUUUCGCUGCUGGGGUUCGUGCAGGGCCUGGUCUGGAACACCUGGGGCCCCAUCCAGAACUCGGCGCGCCAGGCCUACGGCUUCUCUAGCUGGGACAUCGCGCUCCUCGUGCUCUGGGGGCCCAUCGGCUUCAUGCCCUGCUUCGCGUUCAUGUGGCUCCUGGACAAGAGAGGUCUUCGGAUAACAGUGCUUCUGACAUCCUUCCUUAUGGUUUUGGGAACUGGUCUAAGAUGCAUACCUAUAUCAGACUUAAUGCUUAAAAGAAGACUAAUCCAUGCAGGACAGCUGUUAAAUGGAUUGGCAGGUCCGACUGUAAUGAACGCAGCUCCAUUCCUCUCCACAACGUGGUUCUCUGCAGACGAGCGGGCCACUGCCACAGCUAUUGCAUCAAUGCUCAGUUAUCUUGGGGGAGCAUGUGCAUUUUUAGUUGGACCACUUGUUGUUCCAGCUCCCAAUGGGACGGCGCCUCUUCUUGCUUCAGAGAAUAGCAGGGCCCACAUUAAAGAUCGCAUAGAGACUGUAUUAUAUGCAGAGUUUGGAGUUGUCUGCUUACUAUUUUCUGCAACUCUAGCUUAUUUCCCACCGCGGCCUCCUCUUCCUCCCAGUGUUGCUGCAGCUAGCCAGCGGCUGAGUUAUCGGCGGAGCUUUUGUAGAUUAUUAAGCAAUUUGAGAUUUUUGAUGAUUGCUUUAGCAUAUGCCAUACCACUUGGCGUAUUUGCUGGCUGGUCUGGAGUUCUGGACUUAAUUUUAACACCAGUGCAUGUCAGCCAAGUAGAUGCUGGCUGGAUUGGAUUUUGGUCCAUAGUUGGAGGCUGUGUUGUUGGAAUAGCUAUGGCAAGCAUCACACACCUGCCUUUAACCACAGUGACAUUGUAUGCCUCCUGUAUUCUCCUGGGAGUGUUCCUGAAUAGCAGUAUACCUAUAUUUUUUGAGCUUUUCGUGGAAACUGUCUACCCAGUUCCAGAAGGAAUUACUUGUGGAGUUGUCACUUUUUUAAGUAAUAUGUUCAUGGGAGUACUUUUGUUUUUUCUCACAUUUUAUCACACAGAGUUGUCUUGGUUCAACUGGUGCCUUCCCGGGUCGUGUUUGCUCAGUCUCCUCCUUAUUCUGUGCUUCAGGGAAUCCUAUGACAGACUCUAUCUUGAUGUGGUUGUCUCAGUUUAAUAGCACAGACUUGAAGGAGUUUUUAAAAAGAGACUGGAAAUCAAUACUGCAUACUGCACAUUUGCUUGGAAUUGCACAUCUAACAGGAAAAAGAAAAAGAGAAGAGAGAAACUUCAUUCAGAGGUUUUGUUAGGUUACAGAUGAUCACAUUAAUUUAAUUACUGCUAGGUAAUAAUAAUGUGGAACUUGAGUGAUAAUAGUGGGUUUAAAAACUGUAUCAAUGGCGUACGUGUGCCUGAGUCUGGGGUUAGAAGUGUGAUGUCUUACACAGAAAGCACUACCUAGGUAAUUCCCUCUAUGUUUUGUGCCAGUGCUAAACUACUGAUUAAUUGUAACUAUGAAAAGAAAUAAAGGGUGUCUAUUACAUGAAGAUAACUCCUUCCCUAAGCCACAUAUCAGAAUAGGAAGAAAUGCCACUAACUUCUAAAGAAGUUUAAACCCUAUAUCAGAUUUUAAUUAUAAAAUAGCCAAGAGGUGUAUCAAUGAUAGAUAUUAGCCACCUGUACACUACAUUUUUUUCUAAUAAAGCCAUUUCUUAUAUGACUCCUUAUUUUUAAUUAGAUCGGAAACCUUUGGCCACCUUAAUUAUGGUGAUCAAGUGCUUUCCAGUGACUGCAGAGCACAUACUUUGUGUCUCGAUCUUAACUUAUCCUUGUUUCUGUGAAAUACAAUUUCAUCUGCUAGGCUCUUAAAUGAUUAAAUUAAAUGUGACUAAAUGUUUAAUACAGUCCCAUUAAAUGCUGUAUGAAAAAUGUAAUUUCAUUCCGAUUUAGCACUUUGUUAAAAGUGAAAUGACAAAUCCCAUAGAACAUCCUGUGUCUUCGGGCAGAUAUAUAUGUGGUGGCAUGGGAUGGAAAAUCCAGCACCAGCUGUUAUUUACCAGGGUUGCAUUUUAUUAAAUGACCCUUGUUUGAAAAUAACAAUUUAUAGCAUUGAAACUUUCAGAUCUGUUGAGUGAUUUCUGAAUUACUUUCUUGUAUCUCAAUUCAGGUUAUAAAAUAUUCAGUUCUAUUUAGAGUCAGUAUAUUUGAGAGGGCAGUAUUUUGCCAGUACCUGCCUUCCUUCUGUGGAUGACAGCUUUUUCAAAAAUAAUACCCACUGGACAGCUCUCAGACGUGUAUUUCACUAUGACAUAAAAUAUGCUCUGGUGGGGUUAUGAUAUUACCACUAUUCAGAUUUACAUAAUUCCCUUCAGGCUGGAAAAUCAAACACUUUGUCAAAAAGUCAAGAAUGAUGUUUUAUCUUCAUUGUUCUCAGCUUCCUCCAACCCCCUCUCCUUUUUUACUCACUUGAAAUUGUAUCUUCAUUGUCAGCUA